UUCUCCUGACUUGAGUAUUAUACUAUGGACUAUUGAGCAAUACGUUCUAAAUAAGAUACUACACGCAUUAAAAAAACAAACAGCAAUACGUGUAUAGGUAGGUAGGAAGCUUGCCACGUAAAAAUUGCGUUAAGUUAUAGAAGAAAAUCAUGAGCAUGGAAAACCAACCAAUCAAAUGAAUUGUGCCUCCCACUUCUUCAUGACAACGACACUAACGACGUGUUGGAUGCUAGCUAGCUAAUUACCUAAGCUUUACUGGCCGCUUUCGCAGUGGCUGACAAGUCAACACCAGUAAGCCGACUAACUAGUUCCAGUAACGGUAUUUUUUCUCGCAGAAAUAUAAAGGACACCCAGGGCUAGGUGAAUUUUAGUUUGCCGCAAAACCGGGAAAAUGAAGAUACGGAUAGAGACGGAUUUAGUACUUGUUCUCACGUUACUUGCCUCCAGUACUUGUUCAGGGUUCUACCUUCCGGGUUUAGCCCCAGUGAGUUUUUGUGAAGAGGGUAAAGGAGGUGAUGCCGAUUGUGAGAGUCAUAUCCAGCUGUAUGUGAACCGCUUGGAUUCAGUGGAGUCAGUUCUGCCCUAUGAAUAUGAUGGCUUUGACUUCUGCAAAGAUGACAAAGAGACCAGACCGUCUGAGAACUUGGGCCAGGUUCUGUUUGGUGAAAGAAUUGAGACGUCACCAUAUAAGUUCUUGUUCAAAAAAGAUGAGAAAUGUAAAAAAUUGUGCACCAAAACCUACGUAAAGGACAAAACAGACGACAAGAAGCUGCUGGACUUUAUCAAAAGAGGAAUGCAACUGAACUACCAACAUCAUUGGAUUGUUGACAACAUGCCUGUCACCUGGUGUUAUGAUGUGGAAGACAGUCAGAAAUACUGCAAUCCUGGCUUCCCCAUUGGUUGUCUGGUCACUGCAGAGGGCCGAGCAAAAGAUGCCUGUGUCAUCAAUUCUGAUUUCAACAAGAAGAACAUGUUUUACAUCUUUAAUCACGUGGACAUCAGAAUCUCCUACCACAGUGGGGAGAACGAGGGAUGGAUGGGGGCUCGUCUUGUAGCUGCCACGCUGGAGCCCAAAAGUAUCAAACAUGCCAAUGAUGAAAGCCCCACCUGUGACGGUCCACCCAUGACAAUCCCUGCUGAGGCUGACAGUGACGUUAAGAUCACCUACACGUACUCUGUCACGUUCCAGCAAAACAACAACAUCAAGUGGGCGUCCCGAUGGGACUACAUUCUGGUCUCCAUGCCGCACACCAACAUCCAGUGGUUCAGCAUCAUGAACUCGCUGGUCAUCGUACUCUUCCUGUCUGGUAUGGUCGCUAUGAUCAUGCUAAGGACUCUGCACAAGGACAUAGCCAGGUACAACCAGGUUGACCAGGGAGACCUGAUAAAGGUUCCACCUCAAGGAAAAUCCAUAUCCUAUGAGGAUGCCCAGGAGGAGUCGGGGUGGAAGCAGGUCCAUGGGGACGUGUUCCGGCCUCCCAGGAAGGGGAUGCUGCUGUCCGUGUUCCUCGGCCAGGGAACUCAGAUCUUCAUCAUGACCUUCAUCACUCUGUUCCUGGCCUGUUUGGGCUUCCUGUCUCCAGCCAACCGAGGGGCUCUGAUGACCUGUUCUGUGGUUCUAUGGGUUCUGCUGGGAACUCCUGCUGGAUACGUGUCUGCACGCCUCUACAAGACUUUCGGCGGUGAGAAAUGGAAGACCAAUGUCCUGCUGACUGCGCUUUUGUGUCCAGGGAUUGUGUUUGCUGACUUCUUCCUGAUGAACCUGAUUCUGUGGGUGGAGGGCUCAUCAGCCGCCAUCCCCUUCGGCACGCUGGUGGCCAUCUUGGCUCUGUGGUUUGGCAUCUCUGUGCCGCUCACCUUCAUCGGGGCCUACUUCGGGUUCAAGAAACCUGCAAUUGAACAGCCGGUGAGGACCAACCAGAUUCCCCGGCAGAUCCCUGAACAGUCGUUCUUCACCAAGCCCGUCCCUGGCAUUGUAAUGGGCGGAAUCCUGCCCUUCGGAUGCAUCUUCAUCCAGCUCUUCUUCAUCCUCAACAGCAUCUGGUCUCACCAGAUGUACUACAUGUUUGGUUUCCUCUUCCUGGUCUUCAUCAUCCUCCUCAUCACCUGCUCUGAGGCCACCAUCCUGCUGUGCUACUUCCACCUGUGUGCUGAGGACUAUCACUGGUGGUGGCGCUCCUUCCUGACCAGCGGCUUCACCGCCAUCUACCUGUUUGUCUACGCCGUCCAUUACUUCUUCUCCAAGCUACAGAUUGUGGGCGCUGCCAGCACCAUCCUCUACUUUGGUUACACUGGUAUCAUGGUGCUCAUAUUCUUCCUCUUCACAGGUACUAUUGGGUUCUUUGCCUGCUUCUGGUUUGUGAAUAAAAUCUACAGUGUUGUGAAAGUGGAUUAAUGGGAAGACGGGGCAGACUCCCUGCUGUCUAGGGGCAGUGCUUCACUGUCCGCUUGGACGAAACAAGGCCCUUUUAAUAGACUGACUCGAAACCAUCACAUAUCAGAAGGAAAUCUGGGAAGGAAAGGCCACUUCCUUUUGUUUUAGCUGGGGAACUUUAUCUGUUGCUGUUGUAACUAUAGCUUUUACAGUUGUGUUUAAAAUUAAUUUCCUUUUGACUCCACUUGCACCUUCAAACCUGAGGUAAGUUCCAAAGAUCUAAUUCAGCGGGCAACUGGUUAGGGGGGCUUUUAUUGUCCAUAUGUCAUGUUCAAAACAUAUGUACUUUAUUUAGAUUUUAUAUACUCUUGACACUCAAACAUCAUAUUUGUGUUUCUGUUUUUCACCAACACUGGUGUAAUGAUAAAAUAUAAAUGUUUAUACUUAAAGAAUGUUACCGAUAUGGAGGUACCUUUUUUUUGUUUCUUUGUUUUUGUGUGUGUUUUGUGUGGCAAACUGGGACUAUAGAAUCCAGCCAUUAAUGGCCUGUCCUUGUUGCUCAUCAGAUCGAUGCCACAUCAAUGAUCUCUAAAAUCAAUGACCCUGCCAUGAUGAAAUCUGUUUUUUCUUGUAAUUCUUGACUUUAUUUUUUAAUUAUAUGAUAUAUCUGAUAAAUAGCGCAUCUAGUUAAUGAAGCACAUCUUCAUGGUAGAUCAUUUUCGGCAGAAACGUUAGCCCAAGCUGCUUAUGUAUCAAUGUGAUUGGUGCAGAGUGUAAUAUUUUACUCAGCCCUCGAGAUAGCAACUUGUUAGAAGUGUAAAUCCAUUAGUGUACCCCAUUUAGAUAUUAAUUUCUUAUUAGGUGACUUCCUGCAACUUAACUGGAAACAAUACUGCUGCCUUUUUCCUUUCAGCAGUGUGGAGUCAUUGCCUGAGGUGAUUACAUUUUUACAGUUAAUAAAUACCCUUAAUGAAUCGGAAACAACUUCUGCAUUUUCAGAUUAUAUAGGAGUGGAACUUGGGGCCUGACAUCAUUGAAGUAUUUCCCCCCUUUUAAGGGGCCAAACAUCAUCCUUUUUUUGAUAUUUUUAAUAGAUUAUAUACGGCCAUUAGUAAUUGAAGAUUAUAAACCAGCUGCUUCAAAUCCUGGAUGCUGAUUGGCUGAUAACCAUGACAUAUGAGACUGUAUACAAUGGGUUUGAUGUCACAACUUUCUACUGCUGUAACUGCAAUGGCAACUGGUUUCAUAAUAGCGGUAAGGACUCUCGGGGGUUUAUGUUAUUUUGCCAAUAUAACAUGGCUAAGCGUUAUGCUUAAUAAUUGGCCCAAUACCACACUCCCUCGUGCCUUAUUGCUUAAACAUACAUGCCUGGCUGUUUACCAAAACAAGUGCGAUGAGACACUUCUUUUUUUGCAACCCAGAUUGCCCCUUGAAAGGCAAAGCAUCCAUCAAGUUUUGUUUAGCCUGAUUUUAACUCACAUUUUAUUUUUUAUAAAUGAACUGUACAUAAACAUCCUGGGACCAUGUUGAAAAAUAAAAAAAGCACAAUUGAAAUAAUCA